AUGGCCGAUUUCGAUAUUUCAGGUUCCAGCUCUGAGCAGCUCAGAUGCAAAGCGAGCGUCGAGGCUUCCGUGGAAUUCCUUAGCCUGUCCCUGGGCCGGCUCUCGAUUCCAGCAGACGUUUGCCUCUUUAGCCUCCUCAGCAAAUGCUUCGCCAGGAUCAAAACCAUCUUCGGCCUCAACGAUCCUUUCAACGUCCUCGGGGAGCCGUCCACUCUGGAACGCAUCUUGAACUCCAUCUUCGAUACAGGGUCUCUUCCGCUCGUGACGGAGAAGACGAUCCGCAUCACGGCCGGACUCGAUGACCAUGACAGGUCAUGCCUGUUUAUACAAGCCAUCGCGGGCAUGGUUCUGAUCUUCCGACGCCUCAGCCAUGCAGGUGGGGUGGUUUCCAACAGACUGUUGUCCCGGGAGCUCCAGCUUUUUGCCGAGAGCGAGCAGCGGAGGGCUGUGCUGGACAAGAUCGGCAGCAGCCACGUCUUCAGCUCGUGUUAUACCAAGAGCGCCAUUGUCGACUUUGUGAUGGCAGCCAUCGACGACCAGAACAGUGGGCUGCGCGACUGCUUCGCCCUGAGCGGGGCAGGGGAAUUCCUCCUCAGCGACAACGUUGCGUGGGUGAGCGACCGGCCGUGCAAGAACAUGGGGUUGCCUUGGGGUUUCACGAUCAUGACUCUGAACUGA